GGUGAAUAGUGAAACUAUGGUCUCGGAAGAAAAAAAGGAACUUUCUAGUUUGAUGGAAAAGAAAUAUAAGUUGGUGCCCCCCGAUGGGGGAUGGGGAUAUUUAGUAGCAAUAUCGGCGAUUAUCAGUUUUUCGACCACGACGGCGUUUGGUGGUUGUUUCGGAAUGAUGUACGAUGACUUCAUAAGUUCAGUGUCAUUGAACUCCGCCAGCGUCACACUGCUCAUGGGAAUAUUCAGCGCAUCCGUCGCCCUUGCUGGUUUCUUCACAUCGGCCUUGCUGAACAUAAUGUCGAUGCGUAAGCUCGCCUUUGUAUCGUCAUUGAUAUUUGCAUGCGGAACACUGGGUACUGUCAUAAUGACCACACCAAUCAUGUUCUUCCUUACCGCUGGGAUGUGUCAGGGUGCUGGUUUGGGCGUAAUGUUCAAUCUAUCCUGCACAAUAGUAAAUGAAUACUUUAUCGAGAAAAGAGUAUUAGUUAUGAGCUUCGUACAAACUGCUACAGGAGUCAUCGCGAUGAUUGCUCCAAUAUUCGUAAAAUGGUCUCUAGAAAACUAUGGAUCGAAAGGAACUCUGCUACUUAUUGGAGGCAUAUCGCUGAACAUUUUUGUUGCUGUGUUGCUAAUGCAACCUGUUCAGUGGCAUAUGAAGAAGGUACCAAUAGAAGCAACUGAAAAGACUGAACUUAACAACCUUCUUGAAGUCGAAGGAAAGGAAGAAGAUAGGGCUGAAACGCCAAUUUUAAAAUUAUCAGAUCUAACAGAUUUGGAAGGUACAACCACGAAAGAAACUUUAGACAAAUACUUCGACAUACCAGAAAAAGGCAAGAAGAAGAGUGGCCUCAGGAAAGCAAUAGAAUCUGUGAUAGACACAUCUUUGAUCAAAACGUUUCUGUUUUCUUGUUCGUCAUUUGGACCUGCGUUGUCCAUAGCAGCUGAUGGUAUCUACAUUGUUAUGGUGCCACCGUGCUUAUACUCCAUGGGAUGGAGCCAAGAAAGCGUAGCAAUGGCGAUAACUUUAUAUGGUUUUGGUGAUCUAGCGACGAGAGUCCUAUUCACUGGUAUCUCAAAGUGGAUGUACAAGAUUGGUAUUCAGAAGAUUUACGUUAUUGGUGUUGCUAUUGCAGUGCUAUCAAGAAUUGGUAUGAUUUGGUCAAACAGCCAAAUAGUGAUUUUAGUUUAUUUCGCCUUCAUGGGUGUGGCACAUUGUUCAAUAGCUGUGUUGUCGCCAUUGGUAAUCGCCGAAGCUGUACCUCCUGAGAAAUUUACAUCUGCUAUGGGUUUUUAUUUACUUCUCUUUGGAGUAUUAAGCAUGAGUAUUGGACCUGCUGUUGGCGCAAUACGUGAUAUCACAAAUAGCUACUCGUCUGCAUUUUACGCUGUGAUCUCAUUAUAUGCACUCAUUUGUGUCUUAUGGCCGAUAGAAAUGGUUAUAAAGAGCAGAAAACAAAGAAGAAGAGUCGAAAAAGAAGAUUAUGGAUCUAGUGAAUUAAAGAAAGAGUUAAAAUGAAAAUUUG